GUCAUGGCUGUGCCCUUCGUGGAAGACUGGGACCUAGUGCAGACGCUGGGCGAAGGCGCCUACGGAGAGGUUCAACUUGCUGUGAAUAGAAGAACGGAAGAAGCAGUGGCAGUGAAGAUUGUAGACAUGAAGCGUGCCGUAGACUGUUCAGAAAAUAUUAAGAAAGAGAUCUGUAUCAAUAAAAUGUUAAAUCAUGAGAAUGUAGUGAAAUUCUAUGGUCACAGGAGAGAAGGCACUAUCCAAUACCUAUUUCUGGAGUAUUGUAGCGGGGGAGAACUUUUUGAUCGAAUAGAGCCAGAUAUAGGCAUGCCUGAACAAGAUGCCCAGAGGUUCUUCCACCAACUCAUGGCAGGGGUGGUUUAUCUGCAUGGUAUUGGAAUUACUCACAGGGAUAUUAAGCCAGAAAAUCUCCUAUUGGAUGAAAGGGAUAACCUCAAAAUCUCUGACUUUGGCUUGGCAACAGUGUUUCGGCAUAAUAAUCGUGAGCGUUUAUUGAACAAGAUGUGUGGUACUUUACCUUAUGUUGCCCCAGAACUUCUAAAGAGAAAAGAAUUUCAUGCAGAACCAGUUGAUGUUUGGUCCUGUGGAAUAGUACUUACCGCAAUGUUGGCUGGAGAAUUGCCGUGGGACCAGCCCAGUGACAGUUGUCAGGAAUAUUCUGAUUGGAAAGAAAAAAAAAUAUACCUCAACCCUUGGAAAAAAAUCGAUUCUGCUCCUCUAGCUCUGCUGCAUAAAAUCCUAGUUGAGAAUCCGUCAGUAAGGAUUACCAUUCCAGACAUCAAAAAAGACAGAUGGUACAACAAACCACUCAAGAAAGGGGCCAAGAGGCCCCGAGUCACUUCAGGUGGUGUAUCAGAGUCUCCUAGUGGGUUCUCUAAGCACAUUCGCUCCAAUUUGGACUUCUCUCUAGCAAACAAUGCUUCUAGUGAAGAAAAUGUGAGAUACUCCAGUUCCCAGCCAGAACCUCGGACAGGUCUUUCCUUAUGGGACACCAGCCCCUCAUGCAUUGAUAAACUGGUACAAGGGAUCAGUUUUUCCCAGCCCACAUGUCCGGAUCAUAUGCUUCUGAAUAGUCAGUUACUGGGCACCCCAGGAUCCUCACAGAACCCCUGGCAGCGCUUGGUCAAAAGAAUGACACGGUUUUUUACCAAACUGGAUGCAGACAAAUCUUACCAAUGCCUGAAAGAGACUUGUGAGAAAUUGGGCUAUCAGUGGAAGAAGAGUUGUAUGAAUCAGGUUACCGUAUCAACAACCGAUAGAAGAAAUAAUAAACUGAUUUUCAAAGUGAAUUUGGUAGAAAUGGAUGAGAAGAUUUUGGUUGACUUCCGGCUUUCUAAGGGUGAUGGAUUGGAAUUCAAGAGACACUUCCUGAAGAUUAAAGGGAAGCUGAGUGAUGUUGUAAGCAGCCAGAAGGUUUGGCUUCCUGCCACAUGAUAGAUCCAUUGGCUUUGGAAUUC